UGUCAUGAGCCACGUGAUCCAAUGGCCACAAUUUGCUCAAGAUGAGGUUUGAUGUACUUUGUCCGUCAUAUUCCUUUAUAUAUACCACGAAGCAGUAGAGCAAAGUCUCAUUACAAACCAAGGCCGGUGAACUGGUUAGCGAAGGGUAAGGAGAGAGAGAAAUGGCUUCCUCCAUGAUAUCAUCGACGGCCGUCGUCAGCCGGGCCGCCCCGGCUCAGGCUAGCAUGGUGGCACCCUUCAGAGGACUCAAGUCUGUUUCUGCUUUUCCGGUGACCAGAAAGUCCAACAAUGACAUUACUUCUCUCCCUAGCAAUGGAGGAAGAGUUCAAUGCAUGAAGGUGUGGCCGCCAUUGGGGAAGCAGAAGUUCGAGACACUUUCUUACCUUCCACCCCUCUCCCUAGAGGCCUUGGCUAAGGAAGUUGAGUACCUUCUCAGGAACGGCUGGAUUCCUUGCUUGGAAUUCGAGUUGGAGCAUGGAUUUGUGUACCGUGAGCAUCACCAAUCACCAGGGUACUAUGAUGGACGCUACUGGACCAUGUGGAAGCUCCCCAUGUUUGGGUGCACAGAUGCUUCUCAGGUGUUGAACGAGGUUGAGGAGUGCAAGAAGGAAUACCCCAACUCUUUUAUCCGUAUCAUUGGGUUCGACAACAAGCGUCAAGUGCAGUGCAUCAGUUUCAUUGCCUACAAGCCUCCAAGCUUCAUAGUAAACUAGGACUUAUGUAUGUUCUGAGAGAGAGAGGGAGAGCAUUGGCAACUUUGUUCUUAAUUCUACUUAGGUUUUUCCAAACCUUUUUUUUUCCGUUCUGUCCUUUGAAUUUUCUACCUGGGUUCGAUUUAUGUUUGUCGGAUUUCAGAUGGAGUGGAUGAGGUUCAAGUAAUAAAUUGUUGUUUAUUAAGCAUUAUCAAUUUGAUAUUAUUGAUCAAGUGCAAUUGUGUAUAUUAUUUCUUCAUGCCUAUGAUACAAGUGCAGCCAUCGUCCAGGAGGGACAU